UUAGAGGCAGAAAACAGGAAAAAAAAUAUUCUGAACCAAUGGACUGCAGACAUAGUACAGGAGAUGACCAGAGACUGCGGACAGUACAGGAGAUGACCAGAGACUGCGGACAGUACAGGAGAUGACCAGAGACUGUGGACAGUACAGGAGAUGACUGCUGACCUUUGGGGAGGGGGGGAGCGGGUACCUGAAUCUGACAGGUACCCACUCUUACUUCUGCAAAGUUGUUCUUUGGACCUUACCUGUUCUUCUAUCCAGCGGCGUGCUGUCUUCCCGGCUUCUGUAGUGUGGGCGCUCUGCUUGAAAGCUGGGUGCCCAGUGCGCAUGAGCGAGAAGCGCUGCGCUUUGUUAUUGGUCCGGCAGCUUCUGGGAUCUGUC